UAAACGGUUGGCCCUGAAUGCAGCACCGACCUCAACUAUGGAGGAAGAGUUAAGUUAGCAACCUGCUAAAUGUUGAAUAUGUAGGUCUAAAACACCUCUACGUGUAAUUUUGUGGAGUCUUUGCCCUGAGGUGUUACAACAAGUUACUGUACAUUAACUAGCUGGUUUAAUUUAACCAGGAGGCUGGAAACAACCCAUCAUUUCGUGAAAAAGAAUAAUUAGCCGGCUAGUUAGCAUAACUGUCAUAAAGCUCAGUAGCUGUGAAGUGUAGCAUUAGCCGCGCGUGUUUUUAGCAUCUUUAACAUCCGUAUUGUGAAUUUUAGUGUUGGUAAGGAUCGGUAGCGUGUGUCACGGUCGGUUUUGUCCGGUUUUCUGCUCGGUACCGAAGGCUGUGAUCGGUUUACGGUCGGGAUCUGCCCCAGACUGUGAUUGGAGGACGGGGUGCCACGUGCGCAUUUCUGUACUACCAGCAGUGGAGCACAUUUGGUUGUUUGGUUUUUACCUGACAGGUCAAUCUGAGAGCAAACCGGAGGAUCUAAAGUCUGAGCGACCAGACGCCUUUUUAAUGCGUCACGCUGAACCCGAUUUAAAAGAACCGCCAUGGCUUUGAGUUCGUUCGACAUCGACGCUCCACGAUGGGAUCAGUCGACGUUUAUGGGCCGACUGAAGCACUUCUUCAACAUCACCGACUGUCGAACGGCGGUGCUUCCCGACUCCCGCCUGGAUGAAGCCAAAGCUUUAGUAGAAAGCUGCAGGGCCGGAUCCGUCCCUCCUGGUACCACAGAGGAGCAACUCCACUACGCUAAGAAGCUCUACGACUCGGCCUUCCAUCCGGACACCGGAGACCGAAUGAACAUCAUCGGCCGAAUGUCGUUCCAGGUGCCUGGAGGCAUGGCCAUCACCGGCUGCAUGCUGCAGUUCUACAGGACGGUUCCUGCUGUGGUGUUCUGGCAGUGGGUCAAUCAGUCCUUCAACGCUCUGGUCAACUACACCAACCGCAACGCUGCUUCUCCAAUCACUCCCAAGCAGAUUGGAGUCGCCUACAUAACGGCAACGAGCACAGCUUUAGCAACGGCGGUCGGACUCAACCUCUACACAAAGAAAGCUCCUCCUCUCGUGGCUCGCUGGGUUCCCUUUGCAGCCGUGGCAUCAGCUAACUGUGUUAACAUUCCCAUGAUGAGGCAGCAGGAAAUUCUGAAUGGCAUCGCCGUCACAGAUGAAAAUGGCAACAAACUGGGUCACUCUCAGAAAGCGGCGGUAAAAGGCAUCACUCAGGUGGUCAUUUCUCGGAUCACCAUGGCGGCGCCAGGAAUGAUCAUCCUCCCCAUCAUCAUGCAGCGGCUGGAAAAAUACAAGUUCAUGCAGAGGAUCACGUUCCUCCACGGACCAAUUCAAGUGAUGAUGGUGGGAGCGUUUUUGAUCUUCAUGGUGCCGGCCGCUUGCUCACUGUUUCCUCAGAGAUGCUCCAUGUCUGUAUCCAAGCUGGAACCGGAGCUCAGAGACUCCAUCGUGUCUCGGUAUGGAAACAGCGUACAACAAGUUUACUUCAACAAAGGCCUCUGAGGCCUGAUUAGCGUUUUCUGUUCGACACACCAGACUGAAUGCGUACGUGUUUGUGUAGCGUGUCCUCGUUUUCUAAUUAUUAGUCAUCAUCAAAUGCUCGUUUCUUUUUAGCUUCAUCUUCAAAUCGUUGCUUCUCUUUGGGAGCUGGCUUCUGAUCAGUCCCUUUUUUAUCUGAAUCAUGACAGACUCUCUGUUCUCCUGUUGAGAAACCAAAUGAUCUCAUCUCAGGAACAUCGCGUUACUUCUCCAGAUUAAAUCUGCCAGUCCGUCUUUAAUCUAGUGACUCGUCUGUAGUUGUUUUCUGUUUGUUUCUGUCUUACAAAAUGCGCCUUUGGUUCCACCGAGCCUCUUUACAGUUUGUGCCUUUUUACAAAGUGGCAGGAGUUUCGACUUUGUUUCGUUGUUUUUUGUCUUUUCUUUUCUCUGAUACUGGCCUGACUGUGAAACCUAAAGACGCCUCUAUGCAUGAGUCUGAGACGGUGCAGUGGAAGCUACUGCCCUCUUCUGCCAGACUGGAGGUAGAUGUGCGAUUUAUGUGACAGGUUUUCCAAUUGGAUCUUUACACUGUGUAAACUCUGACCUCAGUAGAAGCUGGAAUAAAACCACAUGAAUAUUUGAAACAAG